AGAAUUGGGAGGGGAGUGAAACAUACAAUACCACUUUGCUAAUAAUUUAGACAGGGUUUUGAUCGAUGGAGAACUACCGUGAGUGUAGUAAGAAGGUUAAGGAUGUUUCACUGCAAGAACUCAGGGAUAGACUUGCUGAGUUUGCUAGGGUUAGGGGUUGGGAUCAAUACCACAGUCCUAGGAACUUACUUCUUGCUCUGGUGGGAGAAGUAGGGGAAUUAUCAGAGAUAUUCCAAUGGAAAGGGGAAGUGGAGAAAGGACUGCCAAACUGGAGUCGGGAUGAUAAGGAACAUCUGGAAGAAGAGUUGUCUGAUGUUCUACUCUACCUUGUUCAGCUGGCUGAUGUGUGUGGCCUUGAUCUUGGCCAAGCUGCUCUCACUAAAAUACUUAAAAAUGCUCAGAAAUACCCUGUCCUCAACCCUACUUCCACUACUUAGAAAUUUCGUGGAGUGUUCAUAAUUUUGAUGUGUGCUGUGUGUGUGCUCAAGAGCGUCCUAUUUCACAUGUAAUAGUACUUAGCGAGUUGUUUUUUUUUUGGGAUAAAUUGCAGAAUUUGUUUCUCUUUUGAGUAAAGUGAUUGAUUAUAUGAUUGUGCCAAA